AAUGGGGCUAGUGGGAGAUAUCUUCUGGGACCGAUUACUUGUUACAGUAUGCUAAUUUUGUUCUGUUUACGAUGAGAUGUGAAAUCGAACUUAACCUGAAUGGAUGGCUAGAUACUGUUUUUUACUCUCAUCAUUGGAUUUCUAUAAUUAUGGAGAAUGUUCAGUUUAGAAUCUUAUAAUUAUAAAUGGUUGUUUAGCACAUGAGUUGCUGAUAGAAGGCUGGUUCUUCUUUCCUUAGAGAUAGAGAGAUGGUGAAAAAAGGAAACAUUAUGCAGUACAGGGAGAGGUUGGACAAGAGCCUCGCCUUACCUGAUCUGACAGAUGAACAGAUACUCAAAACCCUUGUCAAAAGUCAACUCCAACGUUCUUCUUCAAAAGUGGAAAUUGAAGGAUGUAAUGAGAAAUUAGUAGAAACCAAAACCAAGGAGAUAUAUGACUUUCUUAGUAUGUUGAGAAGUGCUUCUGGAGACAAUAGUGCAGGAUCUAGUACAUCACGCUCUGAUUGGAAAAUGAACGCAGUGACAUGGUGCAUGGACAGGAGUAUAGUUGCUGGUUCUGGUUUGCCUCCUUUCUGGAACUGGGCACNUUUUGGAAACUAAUUCAAGUACUCUGUCCAGAAGAAUUUUACGCUAGGCCUAUCUGUGCUUUUGUGCAAUGUCGCGCUGUUUUCCAUUUCCGCCACCAGGAUAUUUAAAGAAGACUAUAACAGAUGAAGUAGGCUUNUUGAAAAAGGUUAAUAUACUUUAC